AUGGGGGAGACAAUUCGCCGUGUCAACGGCUAUGAUCACAAUGCAUACACGUACUAUCCCGUCCUAAUUGUGGGUGCUGGCGCUUCGGGAAUUGCCAUGGCAUGCCAGUUGAAGGAACAGCUUGGGUUCGAUCAGUUUCGUGUGUUCGAACGUCAGGCUGGCAUUGGCGGAACAUGGUGGAUCAACAGAUACCCCGGAGUUGCCUGCGAUGUUCCUGCCGUAUUCUAUUCCUUCUCCUUCGCCCAGAACCCACAAUGGACUUCCUUCCAUCCCCCAGGCCGAGAGAUUGUGCAGUAUUAUCACGAUGUCUGCCAGAAAUACCAGGUCACCGACAAGUUCGAGGUCAAUACCGACGUUGAGCAAUGUCGAUGGCUUGAAGAUGAACAAAUGUGGGAGGUCACGCUGAGGCGACUGAUUGCAGGAAUGGGUGAUCUCUCCUCGAAGGACCGCGCGAAAAUAGUCAGAGACCGAGGCGAAUCAGCUGUAUAUUCAGAGACUGAAGUGGUCCGGGCAAAGGUGGUGGUGAGCUGUGUUGGUGGCCUGGUCGAGCCCAAGGGCUGGCCUGAUGACAUCCCAGGUAUCGAGAACUUCAAGGGCCCAGUCUUCCAUUCUGCCCGCUGGGACGAAAGCGUCGAUCUCACAGAUAAGAACGUGGUUGUUGUUGGUACUGGUUGCAGUUCUGCCCAACUGGUGCCGCGACUACCAGAUGCGCCGUACAAUGCCAAAUCUGUCACUCAGUUGAUGCGAUCGCCCCCUUGGGUUGUACCUGCAGCUGAUGCCCCAGGAGGUGACGAGUGGUGGGAGAAGAAUGGCCCGCGCCUAGGCAAAAUCCCAGGACUCCUACAGACCCUUCGUUUCCUUAUCUUUAUCGGCGCUGAGGCAGUGUUCUUCAACAUGUUCCCAGACACAGAAAGGGCAGAGAAGGGACGAAAGAAAGUUGAGGAGCAAAUGCUUGCUCGUAUGAAGAGGAUCGUUCCAGAGAAGUAUCAUGAAAUCCUUACACCCAAUUAUGGGAUAGGGUGCAAGCGACGGAUAUUUGAUAAAAGGUGGUAUCAGGGUCUGAACAACUCUAAGAUUGAUCUCACCACACAACCCCUAAGAAAAGUGAACGCAGCCACAGUUGUCCUUGGUCCAGGCCGGACAUACCCACCAAGCGAGAAAGACGAUACUCCUGAGCGGGAGGUACCGGCAGACGUGAUCGUUCUUGCGAAUGGAUUUGACACAACGAAGUGGUUGCACCCGCUGAAAGUUUCAGGACGGACUGGCAACGAUCUUGUCGAGACGAUGGAUGAGAGAGGUGGACCACAAGCUUAUCUCGGCACAGCUAUGGAUGGCUUUCCAAACUUCUUCAUGAUCUUCGGCCCGAACACUGCCACUGGACACUCCUCUGUCGUCAUGGCGUCUGAGAACAUGGUCAAUCAUUCUCUUAACUUUAUCAAGUUGCUUCUGAAUGGCGAAGCAACUAGUGUAGAUGUUAAGCAUGAAGCCGAAGUUGCGUUCACUACCGAUUUGCAAGCAAGUCUCAAGAAGACCGUAUGGCAAAGUGGUGGCUGCACCAGCUGGUAUACAACCGAGAACGGCUGGAAUUCGACAGUCUAUCCCUACUCGCAAAUUGACUUUUGGCGUAAAUGUACCUUCCCAACGUGGAAAGAUUGGAACAUUGAGUAUACGAAGAAGGGCUUAUUGAUCAAGCGCAGCCGUCGAAUCCGUACGACUCUUGCGUUUGUCUUAGCCUUUAUCGGUGCUUACAGAUUUUAUAAGAGUGGCCUGACUUUGAGAGAUGUCAGGGACUUUACGGGGACGGUUUUGCAAUACUCUUUGCGCGAGGCUGCCCUAUUGAGGGCUUUCAUUAUGAAGCAGGUCUUUUCAGGAUGA